GAUUUCAAAACCGCAACCUUCUAUGCCAUUUGCAUUUGAUAUAGAAGCAAGGCGAGCUGGCACCCAGACGUGAGAUGAAUAGCGUAACGCCUGAACAGGGCCCAGGGGCCAUGUCAGCCGUUGGCGCAACGCGCACGCUGGUCGCGUGGGCCGUGGCCGUCGCAAUCGCAGUCGCAAGCUUCCUUGCGCGAGCCUCGGGCCUGGAGCGGCUCAUCCUCAGCCUCCGUAUCGUCGCGGAGCUGGCGAGCCUGCUGCUGCAUCCAGCAUUUCGUUGCUGCUCCCUUUGGCAGCUGCUGGCCGUCGCCACGUGGCUGCAGACAGAGGCCCGCAAUGAUCCGGACGACCCGCUGCUGAUAUUGCUCAGGCGGCCGCAAGACGAGGUGCUGCUGUCGGGACCGGCGCCGGGCGGCAUUGGCGCCAACGCGCCCCAGGCUAUCCGCAUUGCACUGCAGCAGGCAGGCGCGACGCCGUGCGCCAUGUGUCCCGACGCAUGCUUCGCAACCAAGAAUGCUGCACAGUUGCGCCAGGCACGCCAGGCAUUGCUGAGCCAGUUUCCAGUACUGUUCAGCGUCUCGGCCCAGGCAGCGCAGCAAUUCAACAUCGCCGCGCGCGGCACACGCAUUUUUGAUUCGAUUGUCGUCUGGACCAAGCACGACAUCCUGUGCAGUGACUCCCAGUUCUUCGACAUGGCCUUUAUGUAGUCGCGUGUAGUCAAAGCUAGGAGCCAUGAAGCUUCUGGCUUCGGUGCUAGUGGCUCCACAAUGGCAAUCAAGCACCUAUUGCGCCCGCCAGCAGGGGCGGGCGGUGAAGACAAAGAAUGGCAGGGGCAUAUUAGCACCGAAGCCAGAAGCUUCAUGGCUACUAGCUUUGACUACACGCGACUACACGCGACUACACAAAGGCCAUGUCGAAGAACUGCGAGUCACCGCACAGGAUGUCGUGCUUGGUCCAGCCGACAAUCGAAUCAAAAAUGCGUGUGCCGCGCUCGGCGAUGUCGAAUUGCUGCGCUGCCUGGGCCGAGACGCUGAACAGUACUGGAAUGAGUUUGGUAUAGGCCGUUUGAUGGUCGUUAGCUAGGAGUUAUAAGGGCCCACCGGCCCGGGCCACUGGUACUUCAGUAAGCGACUGGCCACCUAUGCCGGUACACAUCAUGAUUAUGACACUAAAAAAUAACCCGAUGUUUGUGGAGGAGAGCAGGCUUUCUUAUGGGGCAGUGGGGAGGCACAGGCGUAGAGGGUGUCGAUCGAGGAGAGGAUGUGUGCGGGGAGAGGAUGUGUGCGGGGAGGCAUAGUCAUGUCCGGACAUGUCGUUUUGCGCACGCGGCGAACAAGAAGAAGAGCGUGCAGUGCUUUGCAAGUUCGUUCAUGUAAAUGUACGCUACU